UAAAUCGGAGACAUUUUUGGAAUCGGAUUUCCAUAAUUUAAAACUAGAAAUAAAUGUUAUUUAACAUUAUUUAGUUUAGUGAUUUCUAAUUGCAAAAUAUUUUCACAAGAUCUUGAUAAAGAAAUAAUGUCACCUAUUGACUCUUCGACAUGUGCAGUUUGUCAGGUGCCGGCCAAGUUAUCUUGUUCGGCAUGCAAAUCGAUCAAGUAUUGUGGAGCAGAACACCAACGACAACAUUGGAAGAAACAUAAAACGGAUUGUCGUCCAUUUCGUGUGGCAAAUGAUGAACAAUUAGGAAGAUUUCUUUUAAGCACACGUAACAUCACAGCUGGAAAUGUUAUCUUUACAGAGCUGCCACUUGUUGUGGGCCCCAAAUGGUAUUUGACUGAACGCGAUGAACAAGUGCUAGUUAUGCCUUGCGUAGGCUGCUUUAUACCGUGUCGCAUAGGUGCAAAUCAAUGUCUCAGAUGUCACUGGCCUGCAUGCUCACCAAACUGUGCUGGAUUAGAGAAUACAAAUUUACAUGGCAUGGAAUGUAUAAUAUUAUCACUUGGACCAGGUCCAACAGGAACAGAUCCACAUUCACUUCUCGAUUACUAUCGUUCCGAUGCAUUAGUAGUUUUAAAAUGUCUGCUAUUACAGCGAUCAUCCCCGAAGAAAUGGACUGAAUUAAUGGACAUGCAAAGUCAUGAAAAGGAACGUGAGGGCUCAGAAUUGCACAAUGACGCUGAAAAACGGAUUGUUUCGUAUCUUCAACGAAAUUUUUUAAAUCGAUUAAAAAGUGUUGAACACAAAUCCAAGGAGAAAUUUCUUAAGGAAUAUGAGCCAAGCACUUUGCAUCGCAUAUGUGGCAUAAUCGAAACAAAUUAUAUGUGCAUUAACUUACCCAAUGGUUUAGAACUUAGUGGUGUCUUCUACAAUGCCUGUAUGAUGGAGCAUUCAUGUCAACCAAACUGUUACUUUCAGUUCGAUCAUCGUAAUGGUUUUAAGAUUUCAGUCAUCGCCGGUAGAGAAAUACAAAAGGGUGAACAUUUGAUUAUAAUGUAUUCGAAUAUGUUAUGGGGCACACAAAUGCGUAAUGAACAUCUGGCAAUAACUAAACACUUUCAAUGCAAAUGUAAACGUUGCACGGAUCCAACUGAAUUUGGUACUAAUUUCAGUGCACUGCUCUGCGUUGGAGAUGUGGAUAUCGAACAUUGUGGUGGAGUACAAUUACCCAAGGAUCCACUUAAUCCAAAAUCUGAUUGGUGUUGCAAUGUCUGUCCUAUGAUCAUCAGUGGAGAAGAGGUUCGCUAUUUAUUGACCCAAAUAACAAAUGAAGUUGAAGAUUUGUUGGCACGAAAACCGACUAUUAAACAGCUUGAAACUUUGCAAGAUAAAUUAUCUAAAUUUUUACAUCCUAACCAUUACCACAUGUUCAGUCUGAAGCACUCUUUAAUACAAUUAUAUGGCACUGAGUCUGGCUACACAAUGGAUAAAUUGAAUAACAGCACAUUGGACAAAAAACUGCAAAUAUGCGAAGAGUUGUACAGUACAUGCGAAAAGCUGGACCCAAGCACUAUACGGCUAUCAAUCUAUGUUGGUAUUAUCUUAUAUGAAAUGCAUACGAUUCUAACGGAGCGCGGCAAACGUUUGGUAGCCAAAAAAGAUAAGACACAAGCUGAUGUGAACGCAGCAAUUUGCGAUUUUCAAUUAUCACGUGACCAUCUACUAAAGGCAGCAAAAGUUUUGGAAAAAGAGUUGGAUAAUAUAGCUGGUAAUAAAUUAAGUGACGCUAUACUAAAAGCACUUAACAACAUGGAAUUGUUGAUUACGAAAAGCAGUGCCGUGUGAUAUAUGAAAACACUAGUUUCCAUAUUUUGGAUAAAGAUUCUAUGAUGAAUGGCUAAUACAGAUUGUCUACAUACUAGUCAUAUAAAACAACCUGGUUCCAAACUAAAAUCUA